GAAUGUUCUGUUUUACAAAUUUGGUGUCUUCACUUUUGCCUUUAAUUUUGACAGAUCUAGGCCAUGAUGCAAAAGUUAAUUAGAAGCUUUACACAAGAAAUCCAAACAGAUACUGCUAAAAUAUAUACAAAAAUUUAAAACAAACAGACAAGCUUUUAAUAUUGAGAUGAACUUAGAAUGCUUUAACUUGACUACAGACAGCAAGAAGUUUGGAAUACUCAGCUAUUACUAUCGAUAUGAAUGAAAAUACAGAUGUCAUAUCAAAGAAGUUUAUAACAUUCAACGUUGAAGAAAAUACGCCAUGAUAUUUCCCUAAUGCUAUAAAAUGGAAUUAUUCGCAACCCCUGGCACCGUUGAAACUUCAAACUUUCCUAUAUCAAGUGAUUUUAUCUUGAGAAAGAAAACCGAAGCAAACUUCUUACACUCAACUGCAGAGAACGUUGUGGUUAAACCAGAAAAUGCUGUCUCAUUAACAGAAAGCCGAAAUUUUACAAAACUAACCCAAGAGCUUGAUCAGAACAUUGUACCUGCCUUAAUGAUUCAUUGUUCUUCUUCUUCUAAGGAAAGUUCUCCGAAAAGUUUAUCAGAAAAUACUUUUGACAAAAACAAGGUUACAGACGCUAAAAACAAUGCAAAUAGUGACAGCUAUAUGAAUGCAGUCUUGCACACUCAGAGUAAUAACUCAAUUAUUAUCAACAACAGUGCUACUGGUAAUAAUAAUAACAAUAGUAAUAAUAAUAAUAACAAUAAUAAUAACAAUAAUGAUAAUAAUAAUAAUUCCGAUAACCUACCUUGGGAAUAUGAUUCGUGUAAUUCUUCCUGUUUACGAAUAUUAAAUCGUCCUUCCGUGGUGCUUUCGUUACUCUGUAUCUCCAGUUUUCUCAAAGGUUUUAUUCUGAACGGAAUUAUCAAUGUCAACAUGUCAACUAUUGAAAAAAGAUUUGGAUUGACCAGUAGUCAAGCUGGUUGGAUAGCCAGUGUCCAUGACAUUACUGCCGCCCCUGUUGCUCUCUUUGUUAGCUUUAUCGGUGCAGUCGGCUAUAAAAUGCGUUGGAUUGGAUUCGGCUUAUUUUGUCUCAGCAUCGGUUCUUUCAUCAUUAUUAUGCCUCACUUUGCAGCUGGCGAAUACAAAUGGCAGCAUAACUUCACUGGUCUCUGCUCAAAUAAAACAAACCUGUCCGCAGCAUCCGAUACAGACACAUCAAACCUCCUUUAUGUGUUUCUCUUAGGCCGGCUUAUCCAUGGAAUAGGAUGUUCGAUUUUACAUACGCUGGGAAUUUCUUGCGUUGAUGAUUGCGUUGACCCCAAAAAUGCACCGAUGUAUAUGGGUAUCAUGCUCUGCUUUGGAACAUUAGGUCCCGCGUUUGGUUUUCUCAUUGGAGGUGAAUUCCUGAAGAUCUUCGUCAAUGUAAAUUCCUCCGACAUAUUAUUUUCAGAAGAAGAUCCCCAGUGGAUUGGAGCUUGGUGGCUAUCAUUUUUAGUGUCAGCAGUCAUAGCGCUCUUAAUUGUGCCGUUAAUGUUGGCGUACAAGAAGGAGCUGCCAGUUUCCAAAAAGAUAGAAAAUAGCUGCUCAGAGGUUCACCAAAAUACUUCCCAGAAGCGGUUGGCUCAGUUUGGUUUUGGAUCCAAAGUAAAAGAUCUCCCAGUCACAGCAUACCUUCUCUUGUGGAAUCCAAGUUUUUUAUUUGUGACUCUAACGUUUACUACCGAAGCAGCUUUAUUACAUGGCGUGACAACGUUUUUACCAAAAUAUCUGGAAAGCCAGUAUCAGCGGACACCAUCGCAAGCCUCUUUGCUCACAGGAAUUAUCGCAGUUCCAGGUGGUGCUGGAGGCCAACUGUUAGGAGGAUACAUUUGUAAGAGAUUUGGUUUAAAAAUAAACCAAAUGACCCGGUUGGCUAUUGUAUGUUUUGUUGUUUCAUUGACUACUUGGAGUGUUGUUUGGAUAAAAUGUGACGGAAGUGUUUUGGCGGAUAUUACAGGGAAAAAUGAAAACAGAAGGUUCUUUACCAGGUCCAUUGCUGUUCGGAAGAGCCCUCGACCAAUCCUGCCGUAUAUGGAAGCACGAUAG